AGUCAAUGGAUUAGCUACAAAGAUGAAUACAACAGGCUAACUCGGUGACUUUAAAAUGUUUCAGCCCACAUAUUAGUUUAAACUUACUUUUAUAGCGUUGUCAACUUAGAUUAAAAGGUGUGAACUCAAGCGAACAACACUUUUCAACAAGCUAACAACGUUAAGGACAACCGGAGGUAUGUUUAGGAGCAGGUCUGCCUGGUUUUCAGACAGUGUCCCCCAAGCACGUCAAAACAUUUGGAGUAAGUAUUUCAGGAAGAGAUUUCAGACUUUUCUAGUCAUUCCACUAAUUUAGUCAAUAUGGUAUGAUAGAGCAGAGCUGUUUAUUCCGAGUUGGUUAAUGGUCUACAGUAGUCACAUGAAAAUACCCAAUGAAGCUGCCACAAUUCAUAGGGGAGAGUGGGGUAAGUUGAGCCAACCCCGGUUGCUUGGAAAUGGUAAGAGAAAUUGACCAUGUGACCAAAUAUUUAGGAGAUGGGCAUCAAUUCAUGGAGCCUGUGAGGGUUUGAAGCAUAUGGGUGAAGGGGUUCGAUAUUUAUUUCCGAAAAAUCAUUUUUCACUCUUGAAAGUGAAUUUAGUCUGUCAUAAGUUUUAUUAGAAUUGUGUUCAGACCAAAAAGAUCAUUAUACAUUUGUUUUAUGCAUCAAUUGCAGUAUCUAUGAGCUAAAACAUCAGGUCAAAAACCUAGCCACCAUUUUAGCUUGGAGGACUAAUAUAGUCCUAAUGGUUGUUCUGGGGAAAAUUGAGUCAGUGGCUCCACUGAGAAAGUAAAGGAGUCUGAUGAGAGGAUCAGAGUUUCAGUUCAGAUUGUUGAAAUGUUUUACUUUUUCUUUUCAAAAAUACAGCUGUGAAUGUUCUGAAUCACUUAAAGGCAUUCUUAUGAAGGUGAGGGAGGGCUGGAGUGAAGAGUGGGGGGGUAGUAGGGAUACGGCUCAACGAACCCGCUCCUAUGGUCAACUUACCCCAUACACGGCGUAGGUUAACCAUAGUUAUGUUACGUUUACACUCAUUCUGUUGGUUUGCAGGGAUGCACAACAUCUUGAAAUAUAUGCUGAUUCACUAGUUAGAGACAAAACUAUGAUUGCCUUGAUGUAGUGAUCCAAAAUGGCUCAUCUUACCCCACUCCACCCUACUUCAUUUUUGUAAUAAAUUGAGCUUUGGCUUCAAGUAACAUACAUUUUUUUUCUUGUAGUUUUGGAAGGAGGGACCAUUACUUCCUGGAGUAAAGCAGAUUACCUUUUCAGUGAUGAUGCUACAUGUCCAGAUACUCUGAGGUGAAAACAGCAAAGUUUUAAAUGUUAUCUGGCAGCAUCAUACUUCUAAAAUCCUUCAUAUUCUGAUUCUGUGAUUCUGUGUCUUUAUUUCAGGAUUUUUGAGAGCAAGGAUUUCCUCUGGGCUGAAGUGGUGGUUUUUCACAGCUUGUUUCUGUCCGUUUGUGAGACGCGCCAAAGUGUGAGGUCUGUGAGCAUUGGUCAUUAUGUGCUGCCUCCAGUCUCUGUGCAGGAAGGUGAGGAGCUAUGCAUGUGUGAUAUUGUGAUAAAAUACUUGAACAAUUAGUGCUUACAAACAUUGGAGUCAGAAUCUGCAUUGAUCAGUCUGAAAGUUUUCAAGGACAAGAGAAAAGGAGAAAAACCCCUGCUGAUUAUUUGUUUCCCCUCAAACCUCUGAAUUUGCUACUUUGUGCCUCAAAAAUGUAUUCAUAAAGAUCCAUCUUUGUUAUAUUUAACUUUGCACAACCAAUAUAAUCAAGAUGGAGUGUGAAAACGCUUAACAUCUUUUCUUAGUUCCAAAAAUUAGUACUUUAAAGCUUCAACACAGUCAGUGAUAGUCUGAUUUUUAUUUCAGAAGUAAGAAAGGUGGUCGGGAGGUUUAUUUGGGAGAGUGAAGAUGGGCCCUCAGUCGUCGAGGUAGGUCAAAAGGUAAAUGGGAAUAAGAAUAUGUUUCUUACUGUUUAAGUCUUGACCACUAUCUGUUUUUGUUCCCAUAAGAGCUCUGGCUGCUGGAGAGAUGAUGAUUCCAGUGAAAGCAGCACAAGGUGGUAUUUUUAGGUUUUCAUUGUAAAUAUUUUAUAUGAAAUUCAAAAAAUUGUUAACUGCAAUUUACCUCUCACUGUUUUAACAGUUCUGAACCUUCUGACACAGAAACAACCGACAGUGGAGCCUCUCACUGCAGUCAUUUUUUAGAAAGUAACAAGUUUACAGGUAAAACUUUUGUGGUAUGGUUUACAUUUUGAUAAAUUGCUUGUGGUCAUUUCAAAUAAUUAUACAAAUUACCUGUGCCUCAUUUUUGUAUGAUGAGGAAAUCUUCAUUAAGUGGAGGAAGGAUUCAAGAAACUUUAUUUGUCAUACCCCACACCUUUUACAGUUUGGGAACGGACCUGGUUACGAAAUUAGCACCCAGGUCUGUUUUCAAGCCAGAAUAAGUUUCUUCUUUGCUUAACGCCUUUUUCUGUUGACUUGUUGACCACAGGGUACAUCAGCAUGGACAAUCUGAAGAAAUAUUCUGGUGAUUUGCAGGAUUAUCAUCUUGGAUGUUUUCGAUGUGCUGACUGUAAAGCUCAUUGCUGCCUGCAGGAGACUUGGGGGAGCAGAUGACAUAACAGCUUUUCAAAGAGAAAAGAAUAAUAGUUUUGUUGUUGUGGCGAGUUCGUUAUUUUUUGCAAGCAAUAUAUGUGUUCCUGA